CAUAUCCCACCACAGGCCUAAACAUAUGAAAAAGAAACAAAAAGGUUAGAGGGACACGCCAUCUUUAAGACUUUGCUUUCCUAAUCGAUGAUUCCUAAAUCUAGGAAUAGGUAGUUGAUGUUUGUGGGCUGGGCAUCUGUGGAAGGGCCACCUCGUGGUCUGUUCUGGCUGAGGAGGCCGGGACGAAAGAAGGCGGAAUUCCAGCUCUGGAUUGCAGUUUUUUCUUCCCUGUGCAGUCUAAUUUAGAGCUGCCUCUCUUUGUAGUCCGAAGGGACCAGAGCGCGCGUUGUCUGUUACCCCACACGUUGCUGUGGGCGAGUUUUGUGCCUACUUCUCGCGAUGGCUCAGCUCCAGACACGCUUCUUCACUGACAACAAGAAAUAUGCAGUGGAUGAUGUUCCCUUCUCAAUCCCUGCAGCUUCUGAAAUUGCUGACCUUAGUAACAUUAUUAAUAAAUUGCUGGAGGCCAAAAAUGAGGUCCACAAACACGUGGAGUUUGACUUCCUUAUCAAAGGCCAGUUUCUGCGAAUGCCCUUGGUCAAACACAUGGAACUGGAAAACAUCUCAUCUGAAGAGGUUGUGGAACUAGAAUAUGUGGAGAAAUAUACUGCACCUCAGCCAGAGCAAUGCUUAUUCCAUGAUGACUGGAUCAGUUCAAUCAAAGGGACAGAGGAAUGGAUCUUAACUGGUUCUUAUGAUAAGACUUCUCGGAUCUGGUCCUUGGAAGGAAAAUCAAUAAUGACAAUUGUGGGACAUACAGAUGUUGUAAAAGAUGUGGCCUGGGUGAAAAAAGACAACUUGUCUUGCCUACUGCUGAGUGCCUCUAUGGAUCAGACUGUUCUCUUAUGGGAGUGGAAUGUAGAGAGAAACAAAGUGAAAGCCCUGCACUGCUGCAGAGGUCAUGCUGGAAGUGUGGAUUCUAUUGCUGUUGAUAGCACAGGAACUAAAUUUUGCAGUGGCUCUUGGGAUAAGAUGCUGAAGAUCUGGUCUACAGUCCCUACGGAUGAAGAAGAAGAAAUGGAAGAACCCACAAAUCGACCAAGAAAGAAGCAGAAAACAGAGCAGUUGGGACUAACAAGGACACCCAUAGUGACCCUCUCUGGCCACAAGGAGGCAAUUUCCUCGGUUCUAUGGUCAGAUGCUGAAGAAAUCUGCAGUGCAUCCUGGGACCACACAAUUAGAGUGUGGGAUGUUGAGUCUGGCAGUCUUAAAUCAACUUUGACAGGAAAUAAAGUAUUUAAUUGUAUCUCCUAUUCUCCACUGUGUAAACGUUUAGCAUCUGGAAGUACAGAUAGGCAUAUCAGACUGUGGGAUCCCCGAACUAAAGAUGGUUCUUUGGUGGCACUGUCCCUAACCUCACAUACAGGCUGGGUCACAGCCAUAAAGUGGUCUCCUACCCAUGAGCAGCAGCUGAUUUCAGGUUCUUUAGAUAAUAUUGUCAAGCUGUGGGAUACAAGAAGUUGUAAGGCUCCUCUCUAUGAUUUGGCUGCUCAUGAAGACAAAGUUCUGAGUGUAGACUGGACAGACACAGGGUUACUUCUGAGUGGAGGAGCGGACAAUAAAUUGUAUUCCUACAGAUACUCACCUACCACAUCCCAUGUUGGGGCAUAAAUAAAUCUGACCAAGAGAUUCUUCCUAUAAAUGUGAUUGAUAGAGGAUAUUCAGAUUACAUUAAUGCAGAUCAUCCUUGAUAAUAGUUGUUAUUAUCUUUUUAUUUUGUAUUUAUUAUGUAACAGUUUGCAUUUAUAAAAUAUAAAAUGUGGCCUGCAUUCUCUACCUUGUGUAAACUCUUGAAAUUAAACUGAGUUUAUUUCUUUUUAAAGGUAUUGGUUUGAAUUAAGAUUUGCUUUUGAAAUGCUAUAACAGUGCUUAUUAAAAAUACA